AUGAAUAACAGCUCAAGUCCUCUUUCAUAAAAAUAUUCGUAAAGAAAAGUAUUGAUUACUGAGUCAGAGGUUGACCCUUUUUCAGUAGUUUUAGUUGAGGAUCUUCUAUCUGGAACUAAUGAUUGGAGAAAUGUUUAAGAUAUUAUAAGAUUAACUUUCAAAGCACUGACUGAUGUAGUAAAGAACUAAGGAGAAGCAAUCCGUGAGUUGGAAAGACAAAAUAUUUCUAAUGUUAAAAUUGUCAAUCUCCAAGACUAUUUAGAUAGCAAAGCAAAUGUUGAAGAUGUAAAAGAAAGUUUAAAUGAAUUAGCUCAAAUUUUAGAAGGAAGACCUUCAUUUGAUGAUUUAUAAAACAGAUUUUAGCAAUGCACUUUGAAGGAAGAUUUUGAUUACAUGAUGUCCUCUAAAGUCUCUCAUUAAGAAAUCAAAGUCAUGCUAGAAAACAAAGUCAAUACAAACUAAUUCAACAGUGAAAUUGAUGGAUUAUAUGCAAAGUUAGAUGAACAAGUUUAAGAUUUAAGAUCAUACAGAAAUAUUUUCCAACAAGAUAUUUUAAGCAUUUCUAAUUAACUUGCAUAAAAAGCCAGCUUAGAGGAAGUAAACGAAUAAUUAGAUCAAAAAGCCAAUAAGCAAUCAGUAGCAAAUGCACUUUAAAGAAAAGCUAAUAAAGUUGAAAUUGAUGCCAUGUUAGCUAGGAAAGCUGAAACAACUGAUAUUUAAAAUCUCUUAACGAUGGUAGAAAGCAAAGUCGACAACCAUUAGCUUGAAAAGAUAAAUUAAUUGCUUGACUGCAAAGUAGAAAAGAAUGAUUUUAAUUUGUUAGUCAACUCUCUCUCUAACAAAGCAGAUAGAACUGAUGUUGAGAUCAUUUAAAGUUAAAUUUAAUAAGCUUCCAAUGAAAUAGAAGCAUUUAAAUAACUUUAAGAUAAGGAAUUGAGUGUUGUAAAAAAUUUAUUGGAGGAUCUUCGUUUCAAUACCACUCAAGCACUUAAUAAAAAAGCAGAGCAAAAGGAAUUAGAUAAAAUCUAUAAUUAAGUAGCUUAAAAAGCUGAUAUUGAUUUAUUUAAUUAAAUGUCAAACCAACUCAGAAACGAACUCAUUAAAGAUAUGCAAGACAUGAAAGACUAAACUAUAAACUUUAGAAAAGCUUAGGAAGAAUUAGUGACAGAUAAAUUUAAAAAGAAUGAAUAGCUGUUUGAUAACUUGAGAGAGGAAAUUCUUAAAGCUCAUGAAAACAUUAAGAGCGUCAACGAAGAAAGAAGAAACGAUUAAGAAUAAAUGCAAAAUUUCAAUAAAGGACUUUUAGCAAAUUAUAAAAAAGAAAUCCAAAAAGAGAUUCAAUAUCUUUUGGAUGAUUUGGAGACUUUAAAAAAGGAGUUUAAUGAAAAUUUCCUUUUGAAGCUAGAUAAAAAUGAAUUCAUCGAUUUUAGAGUCAAGGUAUUAAAUGCUCUUGAAGAGAAAACAGAUUUAAUGGAAGUUUAAAAUGCAUUAAACGCAUGUUAGAGUGACAUAUCUCAAAGGUUCUUAGAAUUAAAAGAUGAAAUUAAAAAUUACAUUGGCGAAAAUGAAGCCAACCUUCUUCAAAUUUUAGACAAAAAAGCCAACUUUGUUGAUGUAUAACAAGCCUUAUCUCAAAAGGCUGAUAACACCAACGUACUCAAUCUCAUAGCAACAAAAGUAAGCAGCUAGGAAAUUGAGGAAAUGAGAAAGAUGGUAGAAAAGGUCUUCAAAGAGUGUGAGGAUAAAGUUAAUUUAAAGGAAUUCGAUCAUUUUGCUAACUAAGCUAAUUUAGCUAUUGAGGAACUUUAGCGCGAUAUGUUACUUAAAUCAAAUAUCAAAGAUGUUUGCACUCUUUUAGAUGCUAAAUCUAAUAUUGAUGAUGUAAAUAGAGCUUUAAGUGAUAUCCAUCGCGAAUUAGAAAAGAAAAGUUAUCAAGAAGAUCUUAAUAAUAUAGUGAGCGAUUAAGCAAUUAUAAAUGAAUAACUUUGUACUGAAAAUAUAGUUGGUAGAUGGACUUGGAAAUCUGGUGAAAUUAAAGCUGGUUCUCUCAUUCCUUGGGAAGUGUAAUUAGUAAAUACUCUUCCUGAUAAUUACUUGUGGGAAAAAGAAAAAACUAGCAUUUUAGUAGUUGCUCCUGGCUUGUAUGAAGUUACACUUGGAUUCUUUGCUAAAAAGAAACCAACUAUAUAGAUUCUAAUCAAUGGAGAACCUAUAAUGUCUGCAGUUAAUACUGCUUCUUAUGUUAUGCAUCAUUCGUCAGGAAAAAUCAAGGAUAUUAAGCACUCUGCUGGCACCAUCACAGGUUUAACCUUAGUGGAUUUCAUUAUUUUACCUGCUAGAGCAAGAAUUUCCCUAACUUAUACAGGUGAAUUCGGAGGCGAAGGUUUCUUUGGUCUAAAGCGUUUAUGA